CCCCCGACCGCCCCCCCCCCCGUCUCUCUCUCUCUCCCCUUCCCCUUGCCGCCCCUCACCCGCGUGUGUGCCACAGCAGCAGCAGCAGCACCGCUAUGAGGAUCUGGGUGAUCACCGCCCCCAGCCACGUCGUGGUGGACCCGCGCGUCCACCUGGCGUGGCUGCAUGCCCGCCGUGCGCGCCUCCUUUCCUCCAUCAUCGUGUCCAUCAUCAUGCUGUUGAUCUUUGUUGGCAUCUUCGUGGCCUUCAUCAUCAUCUUCAGCGGCUUCAUCUGGUUCUUCUUCAUCUUCAUGUGGGUUGUCUGCCUGAUCAACGUCCUUGUCUCUGUUUCUCGCUACCGUGCCAUCAACCGGGAGAUCCACCGCCUGGAGGCCUCUCUCAACAACCCCGAGGGCCCCGUCAUCACCCAGACUACCACCAUGCAUCCCCCGCCCCCGGGCGUUGUCUAUCCCCCGCAGCCGGGCUACCCCCCGCAGGCUGGCGCUUACCCGCCCCAGGGCCCGUACCCGCCGCAGGGUGCUUACCCCCCGCAGCCUGGCUACCCGCCGCAGGGUGCCUAUCCCCCGCAGCCCGGCUACCCCCCGCAGGGCGGCGAGUUUGUGUCCCCGCCGCCGUACCCUGGUAACUCGUCCCCUGGCUACCCGCCCGCCAGCCCGCCUGCCCAUGCUGCCGCGGCCCCGGCGCCCAUUUCCGGCCCGCUCUUCACCCAGCUGUCCGGCCACGCGGAGGGCAUCAUCUCCAGCCACCCCCCGGGCUCCCCCGGCCUCAACCAGGCCCUUGUGUCGCUCUUCCACCAGUUCCUGGCCUCCCCUCCGCCGCGCGAGUCCCUCGGCCAGGUGUCCUCGGAGCACCUCCUCCAGGCGGCCCAGGUGGAUGGCCUGCUCAACCGUCUGCUCUCUGUGUCCGCCGACCUGGAGGCCCGCCGUGCUCUGUGCAUCCGCGCUUUCCCCUUCAUUUCGGACUACCAGAACUUCGUUGGCAUGCUGAACGCCGCCCCGUACCUGAACAAGAUGGAGAAGGAGGACGUCAUCUCCCAGCUCCGGUCCACUUUCCCCUCGUACUUCUAAGGCCCCGGUCCUUUUCCCAUGCAGGGCGUCAGGCGACCGCCCUCGGCAGUCUCACCGCCUCCCUAUGGUGGGCGUGUGCGCCUUAUGCAUCGCACACGCACACACGCACACACGCA